UCUCUCUAGAUGGACCAAUCAUGAACCUCAAACCACCAUCUUCUUCCCCGCUAGCCCCCAACUCUAACAACUUAAUUCCGGUAACCCACCACUCUCUCACUCUCCAUUGGGUUUCUUCCCCUCCCUACUUCCCCUCCAUCUCCAACCCCACGCGCCCCUUUCGCCUUCUCGCCACCGCCAGCCCCACCAACCCAGCUUCCGACCUCUCUCUUACACCCGCCGCAGCGCCGCCCAAUGAAGACCACAAGCUUCUAACGCUCCUCCGCCAGAGGAAGACAGAGGAGGCUUGGAUUGCCUACACCCAGUCUACCCACUUACCCAAUCCCACUUGCCUCAGCCGUUUGCUCUCUCAACUGUCUUACCAGAACUCUCAUUCCGGCCUCACACGCGCCCAGUCCAUCAUCACGCGCCUCCGCAAUGAGCGCCAGCUCCGCCACCUCGAUGCUAACUCCCUCGGCCUGUUGGCCGUCUCUGCCGCCAAGGCCGGCCAGACCCGCUACGCUGUAUCCAUUAUCAAGUCCAUGCUCCGCUCCGGCUACCUCCCUCACGUCAAGGCCUGGAGCGCUGUUGUGAGCCGCCUCGCUGCCACCACCGAUGACGGGCCUUCCGAUGCGCUCAAGCUCUUCUACUCAGUUACACGCCGUGUCCGGCGGUUUGCAGAGCCGGAGCUGGUGGCGGACUCGCGGCCGGACACGGCAGCCUUCAAUGCUGCGCUUAAUGCUUGUGCCAAUUUGGGGGACACUAAGAGGUUCUUGAAGGUGUUUGAUGAAAUGCCUGAGUACGGCGCCAAGCCCGAUGUGCUCACCUACAAUGUUAUGAUCAAGCUGUGCGCCAGAGCUGGAAGGAAGGACUUGCUUGUUUUCGUGUUGGAGAGCAUUCUUGACAAGGGCAUUGCGUUGUGUAUGACGACGUUGAACUCACUUGUGGCGGCUCUUGUUGGUUUUGGUGAUUUGGAAACCGCAGAGAAGAUGGUUCAGGCAAUGAGGGAAGGGAGGAGAGACCUUUGCAAGAUUCUAAGGGAUUCAAAUUUGAAUUCGAUGAGUUCAAAUCCGAGUCUAAGCAAUGGGGAUGUUUUCGAAAAGUUGCUUCCUAAUUCGGUUAGAGGAAAUGAUUCGGAGCCGCCAUUGUUGCCUAAAGCGUAUACUUCUGACUCUAGAAUUUACACCACUCUAAUGAAGGGUUAUAUGAAUGCCGGUCGCAUUACUGACACGGUUCGGAUGCUGGAGGCACUGAGGCACGAGGAUGAUAGCGCAAGCCAUCCUGACCAUGUAACAUAUACAACUGUUAUUUCUGCAUUUGUGAAGGCUGGCUCCAUGGACCGUGCUCGUCGAGUGCUUGCAGAGAUGACAAGAGUUGGUGUGCCUGCAAAUCGGAUUACGUAUAAUAUUCUUCUCAAGGGUUAUUGCCAGCAGCUGCAGAUAGACCAGGCCAAGCAGCUGCUUAGAGAAAUGGCUGAUGAUGCGGGGAUCGAGCCUGAUGUGGUUUCAUAUAACAUCUUGAUUGACGGAUGCAUACUGGUUGAUGACAGUGCUGGGGCUCUUGCAUUUUUCAACGAGAUGCGAACGAAAGGAAUUGCACCCACCAAGAUCAGCUACACCACACUGAUGAAAGCGUUUGCCUUGUCGGGUCAGCCGAAGCUGGCAAACAAGGUGUUUGAUGAGAUGCUUAAUGAUCCUCGGGUGAAGGCUGAUUUGGUUGCCUGGAAUAUGUUGGUUGAAGCGUACUGCAGACUCGGGUUGGUUGAAGAAGCCAAGAAAAUCAUUCAGAGAAUCAAAGAUAACGGGUUUCACCCUGAUGUGGCAACUUAUGGCAGCCUUGCCAAUGGAAUUGCAUUGGCUAGAAAACCUGGAGAGGCGCUUUUGCUCUGGAAUGAAGUGAAGGAGAGAUGUAGGGUGAAAGAAGAGGGAGAAACUUCAGGUGCUUCCGACCCGCCAACACUGAAACCGGAUGAAGGGCUAUUAGAUACUCUGGCUGAUAUCUGUGUCAGGGCUGCUUUCUUUAAGAAGGCUUUGGAGAUAGUGGCUUGUAUGGAAGAGAAUGGGAUUCCUCCGAAUAAAACCAAGUUCACUAAGAUUUAUGUGGAGAUGCAUUCGAGGAUGUUUACUAGCAAGCAUGCCUCGCAAGCCAGGCAGGACCGGAGGAGCGAGAGGAAGAGAGCAGCUGAGGCUUUCAAAUUUUGGUUGGGUUUGCCAAAUUCUUACUAUGGGAGCGAAUGGCGGCUAGAACCUAUAGAUGGAGAUGAAUGAUAUUAUGCUUUUGAAAAACCUGGUAUGUAAUUCCAGUGAAAAGAAAUAUUCCCAUGUAAUAUAAUCAUGUUAUAUUAUAGGCAAUACAUAAUUUGGUCCUUCACAGAACACAUUUGAUAUGUGUGUUAAAUAUCCAGGCCACUGUUUCGACUACAAAAUUAUCCAUUUCGAAAAUCUAAUACAAUUUGGCUUUAGAUUCUGCAA